GCGUGCGCGCGCGCCGAGGGCGGGCCAGUGAAGCCGGCGGAUCUGGCACGUGAUCCGGGAGCGGCUCGGUCGCUUGGGGGCUCGGUCUUUCUGUCCGUCCGCGGGUGCCAUCAUGGCGGACGCGGCCAGUCAGGUGCUCCUGGGCUCCGGCCUCACCAUCCUGUCCCAGCCGCUCAUGUACGUGAAGGUGCUCAUCCAGGUGGGCUAUGAGCCUCUUCCUCCAACGAUAGGACGAAAUAUUUUUGGGCGGCAAGUAUGUCAGCUUCCUGGUCUGUUUUGUUAUGCUCAGCACAUUGCGAGCAUCGAUGGGAAGCGUGGGUUGUUCACAGGCUUAACUCCAAGACUGUGUUCAGGUGUCCUUGGAACUGUGGUCCAUGGUAAAGUUUUACAGCAUUACCAGGAAUGUGACAAGGUUGAGGAUUUAGGCCCCGGAAAUGUACAGAAAGAAGUCACACCUUCCUUCGACCAAGUUAUCAAGGAGACAACUCGAGAGAUGAUGGCCCGUUCUGCUGCUACCCUCAUCACACAUCCCUUCCACGUGAUCACUCUGAGAUCUAUGGUACAAUUCAUUGGCAGAGAAUCCAAGUACUGUGGACUUUAUGACUCCAUAGUAACCAUCUAUCGUGAAGAGGGCAUCCUAGGAUUUUUUGCGGGUCUUAUUCCUCGCCUCCUAGGUGACAUCAUUUCUUUGUGGCUCUGUAACUCACUGGCCUACCUCGUCAAUACCUAUGCACUGGACAGUGGGGUCUCCACCAUGAGUGAAAUGAAGAGUUAUUCCCAAGCUGUCACAGGAUUUUUUGCAAGUAUGUUGACCUAUCCCUUUGUGCUUGUCUCUAAUCUUAUGGCUGUCAACAACUGUGGGCUUGCUGGUGGAUCCCCUCCUUACUCCCCAGUAUAUACUUCUUGGAUAGAUUGCUGGUGCAUGCUACAAAAAGAGGGAAAUAUGAGCCGAGGAAAUAGCUUGUUUUUCCGGAAGGUCCCCUUUGGGAAGACUUAUUGUUGUGACCUGAGAAUGUUAAUUUGAAGAUGUGGGGCAGGGACAGUGACAUUUCUAUAGUCCCAGAUGCACAGAAUUAUGGGAGAGAAUGUUGAUUUCUAUACAGUGUGGCGCGCUUUUUUAAUAAUCAUUUAAUCUUGGGAAAAUGGA